UUUAGGAGAAUCCACAGGUUUAAAGCAAAAGUUUAGAGAUUCUGUAUAAAUAUUCAACCUCACUUGCUUCGUUAUCUAUUAUAAUUUUAAGCCAACAAUUCAUCUAGCUAGGAAUACAAGUUUGCACGCAAUUCGGGAUGGAAAAGAAAGAUCAAAAGAUUAUGGUGGCUAUAGAUGAGAGCCAAGAAAGCAUGUAUGCUUUGUCUUGGUGCAUCACAAAUCUUAUUUCUGAUACCCCCACCAACAACAAGCUUGUUUUGCUUUAUGUUAGGCCACCUUCUGCUUUCUACACCUUGGAUGCCGCAGGGUAUAUCUUUAACACUGAUGUUGUUGAUGCUAUGGAAAAGUACAGUAUGCACUUGGCUAAUUCAGUGAUGGAAAGAGCUGAAGCUAUUUGCAGAGACUUGAACGCUACUAAUAUUAAUAUGGAGAGGGUGGUUGGUAUAGGAGAUGCCAAGAAUGUAAUAUGCAGAGCAGUGAAGAAACUAGAGGCUGACACCUUGGUCAUGGGAACUCACGGCUAUGGAUUCUUUAAGAGGGCACUCCUUGGAAGUGUGAGUGAUCACUGUGCCAAGCAUGCGAAUUGUCCAGUUGUAAUCGUGAAACAUCCUUGAGAAAAAUUGGUUUCCUUUUCUCACUAAGAUAGUGGUUGGAAGUUGGAUUCUCAUGAAGCAGGGUUCCAGGGCAUACCUUAAGUUUAAUCGCUACACAUGCAUGCACCCUCUUAUUGUCUAUAAUUUGUGUGUGUAUAUAUAUAUUUUGCAUUUCGUUGUUGUUGAAUUAUGAGAAAGAGAUAGUAUCCCAAAGGUUAGAAAUCAUGAAAUGUUAUGAACUUCAUGCUUCCGCCAAAA